AUGGAUCAACUGGUGAGUGGUCUCAUCCUCCAGACCUGAGCCCCAUAAGUGUUUGCUGCAUGCGCACCUCUCAGCUGGCGACUGCCACGCCGGCGAUGAAGCCGCCGGUGCCAGCGGCGCUGCUCGGCUGAAGCUGCAUCGUGACGCACGCGCCCCCGUCAUGUGGGUGUGGGCGUCCCCGUCGGCGUGUCUGCGCGCAAGAUGACUACCAUAUUCACUCACCAAGCCACGACUGGUUUUCACCCACUCACAGUCAGAAGAACAAGUCUCCGAGUUCAAGGUUCGUUCAAUCCAUCUCGACCCGGGAGUAGUGUGUUGGGGUGUGGUGUGGGGACUGACACGUCCGGCUGUCCCACUUCUCUGCAUCUCGCACGCUUGAAUCGACCCUUACACUCUGCAGGAAGCCUUCUCCCUCUUCGACAAAGGUCAAUACACAUCUUAUAUACCUGCGCUACCUCGUAUAAACAAGCCGACUGACGCCCCCGAUCUGCCUUCCCCUUGCACAGACGGAGAUGGAACAAUCACCACGCGCGAGUUGGGCACCGUCAUGCGCUCCCUGGGCCAAAAUCCGACCGAGGCCGAGCUGCAGGACAUGAUCACCGAGGUCGAUGCCGAUGGGAAUGGUCAGAUCGACUUCCCUGAGUUCCUGAGUUCGUCUCUGUUCCGCUUUCUCUUCGUCUGAGCCCCGCCCUUGUCUAGAAGACCUUUGCGCGCGCUGAUCCAGUCACUUGCUAAAUCUCUCGCCGAAUAUUGUACCUAAAACUGACCUGUUCAUUCUCUCCCUUUCACCGCAUCGCGACUUUCCCCUGGACUUGUCUGGAUCGCCCCGCACGCCAAUCGACCACCGCCUUGCUCCGAACAGCAAUGAUGGCGCGUAAGAUGAAGGACACGGAUUCAGAAGAGGAGAUCCUCGAGGCAUUCAAGGUCUUUGACAAGGAUGGCAACGGUUUCAUCUCAUCCGCUGAACUGAAACAUGUCAUGACCAACCUCGGUCAGUUAGACCCCUCUUUUACGUUUCUGUUGCCUAGCGAGAGGAGCUAGCUCGAGUCGUAGUACAAAGACAGGGAGACUAAACUGCUUGCUACCCAUCCACAGGCGAAAAGCUGACGGAGAAUGAGGUCGCCGAGAUGAUCCGUGAAGCCGAUGCAGAUGGAGAUGGCCAGGUUCGUCUUUUGAGGAAUCGCGACACAUUCCUCCACUUCAUCCGCUGACAAUCCCCCGAUCCUGACCCACCUCCCUGCGCCGAAUCGCAUGCAGAUCAACUACAACGAGUUCUGCAAGAUGAUGAUGAACAGUUAG